AUGGCCGCCGGGGCCGCUUUCCUGGUUCUGCCGUGGCCCGGCGCCGGGUCGCCGGAGGAGGGUCGCGGGGGCGCGCUGCUCCGGGGCGGCGCCGUGCUGGGAGCGCUCCUGAUCAUCUGCGUGGCGGCCUUGCGCAAGUGGAUCGCCGGCGGCGUUUGCCGGAGCGACCGGCGGCAGGACGGCAAGACGGCGCUGGUGACGGGCGCCAACACGGGCAUCGGCAAGGAGACCUGCAGAGAGUUGGCCCGGCGAGGCGCCCGCGUGGUGAUGGCGUGCAGAGACCUGUCCAGGGCCGAGCGAGCGGCGGAGGAGAUCCGGGCGUCCACGGGCAACGGGAACGUGGUGACCCGCCACUUGGACCUGGCGUCUCUCUACUCGGUCAGACAGUUCGCCAAAGACUUCCUGGACACCGAGGACAGGCUGGACAUCCUCAUCAAUAACGCCGGCGUGAUGAUGUGCCCCAAAUGGCUGACUGAGGACGGCUUCGAGACCCAGUUCGCCGUCAAUCAUCUGUCUCACUUUCUUCUGACCAACCUGCUGCUCCCCAAACUGAAGAGCUCGGCCCCCAGCCGCGUGGUGACCGUGUCGUCCGUGGCCCAUCGCGGAGGUCACAUCGACUUUUCCGACCUGUUCUUCGCCUCUCGUCCGUACAGCCCGCUGCAGAGCUACCGGCAGAGCAAGCUAGCCAACGUGCUCUUUAGCCGAGAGCUGGCGCGCCGCCUCCGAGGUACGGGAGUGAGUUCGUUCUGCGUGCACCCCGGCGUCAUCCGGACCGAGCUGGGCCGCCACGUGGAGGGUCGCUUCCCUCUGUCGGGGGCGCUGCUGAGGCUGCCGGCUUUGCUGCUGAUGAAGACGCCGCGGCAGGGCAGCCAGACCAGCCUGUACUGCGCCGUCACGCCCGGACUGGAGGACCGAUCGGGGAGCUACUUCAGCGACUGCGCCGUCAAGGAGGCGGCGCCGGAGGGGCGGGACGACCAGGUGGCCCGCAGGCUGUGGACGGAGAGCGCCCGACUGGUCGGCAUUCCCGACGACCAGUGCUGA